GGCGGGAUGCUGCGGGCCGCGUUGGGGCGCGUUGGGCCGCUGCUAAGCCGCACGCGGCCCCGGGGACCCAGCCUGAGGUGGCUGUGGGGACGCGGGGCAGGCCCGGAGGCCGCGGGGAGAAGGCGGGCCGGCGUCUGCAUCUGGGGCUGGCGGCGCUUGAGCUCGGAGCCGGGGCCCGUGUCCGCGCACUACCAGCUUGUCUACACUUGCAAGGUCUGUGGGACUCGGUCCUCCAAGCGCAUCUCCAAGCUAGCCUAUCACCAGGGCGUGGUCAUUGUGACCUGCCCCGGCUGCCAGAAUCACCACAUCAUCGCCGACAACCUGGGCUGGUUCUCAGACCUGGAUGGGAAGAGGAAUAUUGAGGAAAUCCUGGCGGCCAGAGGAGAGAAGGUGUGCCGAGUGGCUGGCGACGGGGCCCUAGAGCUGGUUUUAGAGGCUGCAGGGAACCCCAAAUCCACUGCUGCUCCGGAAGGGAGUGAGGACCAGGAUCCCACUUACCCUGGCAAGUCAGAGCCCAGCUGACCCUGCCUCUGCCUUCAGGAAGAUGCUUCAGUCCUGGCCCCGCCCGGACCUGCCUAUUUUCUAUCAAUAAACAGACGUCACUUGGA